AUGGCGGCAUUAAACAAUUCUCAAACCAACGUUGCGUCCUCGAUGGAAACUAAUGACCUCCAUGAGGAAAAGAAAGACGAGAUGCUUGGCUCGAGUAGCGACUUUAUUGGCGAGAUGGCGAUCAAUCAACCGGAAGUGCUGAGUGGAUAUCAACUAUACCUGCUUGUUUUUUCAAUCUCAUUAGCUGGGUUUCUAUACAGCUUGGAUGUUACUAUCAUUGUGACAGCUAUCCCUACUAUCACAACUCAUUUCCACACCAUUGAGGAUAUUGGUUGGUAUGGGAGUGCAUACCUCAUCACAUUAUGCUCUUGUGCUCCUGUGAUUGGCAAGCUCUAUCAAUACUACAAUUCAAAGGUCACGGCCUUCAUAUUCAUCAUCAUCUUCGAGAUUGGUUCCCUGAUCUGUGGCAUUGCGCCGUCCUCGAUAGCUCUCGUCAUCGGUCGUGCUGUAGCUGGAAUUGGUGGAGCGGGAAUCUUCAGUGGAGGUCUCACCAUUGUGGCACAAUCAACAACAAAAGAGCAACGCGGGCGUCUAGUGGCGUUGAUCUAUAUAUUCUCCAUGGUGGGGAGCAUUAUCUCUCCAAUAAUCGGCGGGGCUCUCACGGAGAGGACCUCAUGGAGAUGGUGCUUUUACAUCAAUCUACCUGCUGGGGGGGUCACUUUGGCCGUCCUUGCUUUCAUUCGAAUCCCCGAGAAUCGAGAAAAGACUAAUAAGAAAAAGCCCACCUUUGGUGAAGCAAUCAACCGACUUGAUCCCAUCGGAUUCGCACUCUUUGCGCCAUUCUGUGUCAUGCUUCUCAUUUCCCUGCAGUGGGGCGGCUCCACGCAUCCCUGGAACUCAUCUACCAUAAUCGGGCUUUUUAUCGGUUCCGGACUAUGUCUUUUCGUGUUUUUGUUUUGGGAGCACAGGAGAGGAGACACAGCUAUGAUACCCCUGUCAAUGCUUCGCCAACACAUUUUCUAUUCGAGCUGUCUCGUUACCGCCGCGCAAUAUGGUUCCAUGAAUCUCUUUUCGUAUUAUUUGCCAGUCUGGUUUCAGACAGUUUUGGGGGUAGACCCGAUCCUCAGUGGUGUGUAUUUCAUGGCAACGGCAGCGACAUUAAUAGUCACCAUGUUUCUCACUGGAGUCAUAGGUAGUAUCAUCUUCAUUCAGAUCCAUCCAUCCAUUGUGCCCAUUCCUGUUUCCCUUGGUUUUUUGAAUGCUCACUUACAUACGUUCUCCUUUCUAAUAGGUGCCAAGUUGGGAACGCCCGCAAUGUUCUCCAUUCUGGGUAACGGGAUCUCUACUAUCGGCAGCGGUCUAAUGGGUACCUUCACCCCAUCGUCCCACACAGCCGCAUGGGCCGGCUUUCAAGUUCUCGCCGGACUAGGCCGAGGUAUGACUCUGCAACAACCCAUCAACGCCGUGCAGCAGACGCUCGAUCCCGCAAAGAUGGCAGUCGGAACGUCCAUUGUGAUAUUCUGCCAGUUUUUCGGCGGAGCCCUGAUCCUAGCCGUGGCAGAAGUGGAUUUCAGUACCUCUCUACGAUCGGCUCUGAAACAAUAUGCUCCCGGUGUAGAUGCGAAUUUAAUCUUCGAUGUCGGGGCGGCGGGCGUGAGGGACGCGGUCACGAGUGAGCAGCUCCCUGGUGUUUUGAGGGCGUAUAACCAGGCUGUUGUGAACGUAUUUUAUCUUGGUUGUGCGGUUUCUGGGCUGGCCUUCCUGGCCGCCUGGGGAAUGGGUCUUGGUACGACAAAGAAGAGUAAACCUGCCGAUGUCGAGGAGGUAUAA